UCCCGCCGGAGCCGGUCCCCGCAGCCGGGGUGAGGACGCGCCUGAGCGGCCCGCCAAGCAGGUGCGGCCGGAGGCGCCGAAGGCCCUGAGGAUGUCUGCGGUGUCCCGGAGGCCCAAGACGUUCAAGCUGCGCGCCCUGCACAGCCAGAAGAAGUUUGGGGUGGCGGGGAGGAGCUGCCAGGAGGUGCUGCGGAAGGGGUGCCUCCUCUUGCAGCUGCCUGUUCCUGGCUCCCGCCUGUGCCUCUACGAAGAUGGCACGGAGCUGACUGGAGAUUACUUCUGGAGCGUCCCUGACAACACGGAGCUUGUGCUGCUCACCAAGGGCCAGAGCUGGCAGGGCUAUGUGAGUGACAUCAGCAGCUUCCUCAGCGUGUUCCACAAGCCGCAUGCGGGGCUCAUCCAGGCGGCCCGGCAGCUGCUCUCGGACGAGCGGGCCCCACUGAGGCAGAAGCUCCUGGCCGACCUGCUGCACACGGUCAGCGAGAACAGCAGCGCCGAGACCAGGGCCGAGGACCCGCCUUGGUUCGAAGGUCUGGAGUCCCGGUUUAGGAGCAAGUCCGGCUACCUGAGAUACAGCUGCGAGAGCCGGAUCCGGAGCUACCUGCGGGAGGUGAGCUGUCACGCCCCCGCGGUGGGCGCAGAGGCCCGGGAGGAGUACGUGCGGGUCGUGGACGCCAUGGGCCAGAAGCUCAGAGCUGCACAGUACAACGGCGGCUACUUCGACAGGGGCGCGAGGGCGGGCGGCCGGCUCUGCACGCCGGAGGGCUGGUUCUCCUGCCAGGGUCCUUUCGACAUGGAUGACUGUGUCUCCAAACACUCCAUCAACCCCUACGGGAACCGGGAGAGCCGCGUCCUCUUCAGCACCUGGAACCUGGACCACGUAAUAGAAAAGAAACGCACCAUUGUCCCCACACUGGCCGAAGCGAUUGAAGAUCGAAGUGGAAGAGAAAUAGACUGGGAGUAUUUUUACAGCCUGCUUUUUACCUCAGAGAAUCUAAAGUUAGUUCACAUUGCCUGCCACAAGAAGACCACCCACAGACUCAGCUGUGACCCGAGCAGAAUCUACAAGCGCCCGACGAAGCCGAGGGGGAAGCGGGCCACCCGCAAGCGCCCGUGACCGGCGCGCGUUCCCCGCCCUGUGCCACGCCUGGCGACGUGCAGGGUUUUAACAGGUGCUAUUUUUUUAUUUUUUUAAAUUUUUUUUCACUCCAGUUGUUCCUGAAAAAAACUUAAUAAGAAUCUUCCUACGAGUUUCUGAUUUCAGUACAUUUCUGAAUCUGUUUUCUACACCCGCGAGACCACGGCGGAGGACAAGUUCGGAGCACGGCCAGGACGUCGGGGGUCAUGGCGUCCGGUCGGCAGAGAUCAGGGCCCGCGUGUCCCCCGAGUGGACCUGUUUGCUAUGCUCCUGUAGCACAGCCUCCGUGCUGACCAGCGUAGUGACCAAAGCUGGCCACUCAUUCGAGGGAAGGGUGUGUGUCUGUGCCUCCCCGCUGGGUCCCCAGGCAGGUGGGAGGCUCCACCCUCUAGAUUCUUCUAAAUGCUCUGAAAAGGGCUGUGACCCAUUUGGGGUAAAAUGUUUACACUCCAUAAAGAACACACAAGGAUACUCGCUGCUCUACUGUUUAUAAUGGUGAAAAGGGGGAACCCUCCACGAAGAGGGGCGGACGGUGGCAUCAUGUUGAACCCUAUGAAAUUGCUGGUUUUGUAGGCCAAAAAUGGUCAGAUAUCAUUCAUUUCAUAAGUUGACCUAAUACAUCUACGCAGUGCAAACCCGUGUACCAGUUUUAAGCAUUUAUGUAUGGAAUGGGAAGCUGUCUGUUAAAUGCACAAGUGGCUUAACUCUGCAGAGUAUGACCCUUUACGAAUGUGCCACACACGUUAGGAGACACGCACCCGUGAACAGCAGUGAUCCUGGGGACAGGGUGGGGUGUGCCUGGAUUGCAGAGGACCGGUUUUCCAGAUCCUGCAUUUUAUAACACAGCCGGCCUCGCUCCCGGGUUUCACACCCACGGCUGGUAAUGGGUGUGGCGAGCUGGCUGCAUGCGCUGCUCCUGGCCAUUUCCUCCCUGGGACUUGGGCACCCUUGGAUUUUGGUUUGGUGGGGGGCGGGGGGGGGGCGAUCCUGGAACCAAACCCCCGAGAACACCGAGGAACCACUAUACUUGAAGAGUUUGAAAUGCACAUUUCAUAAUUUUAAAAAUUGACUUUUUAUGUUUUGUAACAUUUGAAUUUUCACAUUAUAUAAUCAGAAAAAGCAAUAAAGACUUUUUAUAGAUAUCGAGA